GAUUGCCCCAUUAACAAUUCAAUGGCUUGUACAUUUGACAAGUUUCUGCACUGCAGUGUCUCUACGUGGAGCCUUUCCCUGAUAUUCAUACUCCACUCUCUCUAUUGAGCUUCAAAAUAGUUGCGAGCAAAUCGUUGACAAUGUAUCGAUCGGCAGCAAAGCGGUUACUGCCGGCGUUUUACCGCCGGCACCAGGAUGCAAUAUCAAGUAUUCGAACCCUAGCAGCAGACUACCCCACUCGAUUUAUGACUUCAGCUGCCACCGGAAAUAUUCCUGAUCAGAACCCUAUUCCGACUAGCUCUAAUCCGACCGACUCUACCGCAUCAUCAUCUUGGAAGGAAGAAGAAAGGACACGUUACCAGGAAACUGAUGAAAAAUCUAGCUCGAGAACAAAGCGGCCUAAAGCACAUUACAAGGACGAAGAGGCCCGUGUACUCAGUGCCUCUCUCUCUCAUGUGCUUCGGCUAGGAUGGACUGAAACAGCCAUGAUUACAGGUGCAAGGGAUGUCGGAGUGUCACCUUCCAUUGUUGGAUCAUUUCCUCGGAAAGAAGCUGCACUAGUGGAGUAUUUUAUGGAUGAGUGUAUGGAAAGACUCAUUGAUAUCAUUGAAUCAAGGAACGAUCUGAAAAACUUGAUACCUAGUGAGCGGGUAGCAAAGCUUGUAAGAAUUCGCUUGGAAAUGCAAACCCCUUACAUAUCAAAAUGGCCACAAGCUCUCAGUAUACAGGCUCAACCCUUGAAUGUUCCAACAAGCUUCAAGCAGCGUGCCAUGCUGGUUGAUGAGAUAUGGCAUGCUGUUGGUGAUGAUGCCAACGAAAUUGAUUGGUAUGUGAAGCGCACUGUUCUAGGUGGAAUAUACUCCACGACAGAACUAUACAUGUUGACAGAUAGCUCUCCAGAUUUUCGUGAUACAUGGGCAUUCUUGGAUGCACGAACAAAAGAUGCAUUUGAUCUGAAGAAGACUGCUCAAGAGGCACAACGUUUGGCGGAAGCAGUUGGUGCAGGAAUGGGAGGCUCUGUACAAGGUUUUAUGAAGAGGGUCUUCACAGGCUGAAUAUAGUUUGCAGUGAGUAAUAUGAUCUUAUAGGUGUGGUGGUUCACAAAAUAAAAAUUAUAAUUUGUGUCUAUCAGCAGAAAUGCUAAUUUAGAUUAGCAGUAUUCGAUGGGCAUCCGGUUGCCAUUUUGGCGUUAGAAUAUGCUUGUACAUGAGAAUAUCUUUUGUUGGCAAAAUAUGCUUCUUUCCCUUUUCUAUUUUCCUCUGGAUAGUCAAGAAAACCCCAUAUGCACUUAUUGGGAAUGAAAAAUUCCAUCUUUAUCUGAUAGAAAAUCAAGAAAAGUUGUGAAUUCGUCUUUUUGUUGUA